AUGAAGGCUCUGCUAUUCACCUUUGCCUCAUCGACGUUUACAAAGGUCCUCCCCCAAGGAGCGAGCAUUGAAAAGGUCGCAUCCGUACCGCAAAACGGACAAUAUGGCGAAGGAGCGGCAGACCUCAAUUAUCCGUAUAAUCCAACCGGCCUGCCUGCUUUAUGCGCAGUAACUGUCAAGGUAGUCAGCUCCAACGAGUCCAGUUACCGGUUCGGGCUGUUUUUGCCCUCUUCUAGUCAAUGGACAGGCAGACUCUUGGCCAUUGGAAAUGGGGGGUUUGGCGGAGGAAUCAACUGGCUUGAUAUGGGUCCCGGGACGCAUCUCGGCUUCGCAACCGUUUCCACAGACACAGGCCAUAACUCCGCGACAGCAGACGUCACCUGGGCGUUGAACAAUAUCGAUACCAAGUCAGACUGGGGCUGGCGUGCGAUACAUGGAAGCGUACAGCUCGCGAAAACACUAACUCAGGCUUACUACGGAGCAUCCAUCAAGUACUCAUACUACAGCGGAUGCUCGACUGGUGGCCGUCAAGGGCUCAAGGAAAUACAAACGUCUCCUGACACUUUCGACGGCGCCCUUAUCGGUGCUGCAGCUUGGUACACGAGCCACCUCAACACCUAUGUAGUCCAGCUGGGUAUGUACAACUUGCCCGUGACCGAUCCGAAACAUAUUCCACUCGCGCUCUUUUCAGUCCUUGGGGCCGAAGUUAUCCGCCAAUGCGAUGGGGUUGAUGGGGUUGUCGACGGCAUCGUGAGCAGUCCCGAGCUAUGCAACUUUGACUAUACCCCAAUACGCUGCAAGGGUUCCGCUUCCUCAAACUGUCUUACAGAUGCUCAGAUUGGAACUGCCAAGAAGAUCUACAACGACUGGUACUCCUCAGUGGACGGCAGGUGGCUCGCCAAUGGUCUCACUUACAGCUCGGAGGACCAAUGGUCCCUCUACCUUAAUGGAACUGCCCCGCACGCCUUUGGAGUGGAAUACGUGCAAGACUUCCUCCUCAACGAUCCCAACUGGGACUGGAGGACAUUCAACGAGAGCCUCGUCACUUAUGCAGAACAAAACGAUCCUGGCAAUCCAACAGCCGAUCAGGUCAACAUCUCCCCCUUCAAAAACCGUGGAGGAAAAAUCAUCAUGUACCACGGUCAAGCCGACGGCAUUGUACCCACGAGAAUUUCGGAGACGUACUAUAACCGCACCAUUGACUACUUUGGGAGCCUGCAGAGCACCCAGGAUUUCUUCCGUCUUUUCCUCAUUCCAGGAAUGCAGCACUGCGGCUUGACAACGGUGGGCGCGCCGUGGAACAUUGGAGCUACUUUCCAGUCUACGACCAUGGCCACGAACCAGUGGUCAGUUCCGGGCUUCAAGGACAAGCAGCAUGAUGCGCUGCUGGCGCUGGUGGACUGGGUGGAAAACGGGAAUGCCGUGGACCAGAUUGUUGCGACGAGUUGGAACAGCGUGAUAAAUCCCAACUCGGGUGUACAUGCGCAACGACCUCUUUGCCCUUGGCCGCAGAAAGCAAGAUAUAGCGGUUCGGGUUCUGUAAAUGAUGCGAAGAAUUGGUCGUGUGCUUGA